ACCUUCCCCUUCCACGGCGACGGCGGCUCCCCUCCGCCGUUCGCCGAUCCCCCGCCCCGCUGACUGCUGCUCCCCUUCGGCUCCGUCCUGGUGGUCUGCCAUCUGCCGCCGCGGCCCCGCUUCUCGCCCAGGCGCCGGAUCUGAGUACGGCGAUGGGCCAGGCCCCGUCGCUGCCUGACGACGCGGUGGCGGACGUCCUCCGCCGCCUCGCGCCGCGCGACCUCGCAGCGUCCCGCCGCGUCUGCAAGACGUUGCGCCGCGUCGUCGACGGCCACCGCCUGCUGCGCGCGGACCUCCUCCCUCUCAAGCUGGGCGGCAUCUUCCUCAACUUCUUCGAACUACGGUCGGCUACGCAGUUCCUUUCCCGCCCCACGACGGGCGCAGCCGUCUCCGGCCGGCUCGGCUACACCUUGGAUGCUUGCCAUCCAGACUAUGAUUUUCAGCCUGUUCCCUACGUGCUUGAUCAUUGCAAUGGCCUCCUCUUGCUCCACCACUGCGUGGUCAACCCUGCGACGCAGCAGUGGGCGCCCCUGCCCCCGGCCCCGGACCCGCCCAAACCUGCACCUUCAAUCAAGCAUUUUUGGAAAUCCCGGUACCUCGUGUUUGACCCCAUGCUGUCGCCCAACCAUUUUGACUUGCUCAUAAUGCCCGAAAUUUCUUUCAUGGAAGAAUGUGAGGAAUUUGAAUGGCCACCGUCCACAUUGAUCCUUCCUGUGUUUUCAUCCAAGAUUGGUUCAUGGGAGAAGAAGACAUUUUAUGGGGAUGGAGAAGCUGCAGGGACGGUACCUGGCUUGGUUGGGGUCAGACUGGAUUGCAAUGAACGUCAGUCUGUCUACUGGAGAGGAUCACUCUAUAUAUGUUGCGAAAACUGUUUUAUUUUGAGAAUAUCACUGGCAGACAACAGUUAUCGAGUAAUAAGACUGCCAACAAGAUUGUCCCUAGACGAUUCACAAGGUGAUCAACAGUUUUACCUAGGAAAAUCAACCAAGGGGAUAUAUUGUGCAUCAAGAAUCACGUCACAUAAGUCCCACCUUCAGGUUUGGUUCCUUAACGACUUGAACGAGUGGGUUUUGAAGCAUGACAAAGAUAUUUUCCCCGUCCAGCCAAAUAUUGACUAUGGCAACCCAUGUGAUGGACCUUGGAUCCUACAACAAUUUGACUAUGAUGAACAUGCUGAUGAAGAUGAUUCUGUUGUGGAGGACAACAGGGAAGCAGUGGAAAAGGAGAAAUUUGAAGCAAUAGUGAAACAAGGGAAAUUUGAGUGGGACUCGGAUAAUGAUAAUGUACUUGAACCUGGAAGUAGCUGCGGGAGAACUAAUACAUUUUUCCUUGGAUUCCAUCCUUUCAAAGAGGUUGUGUUCGUGACUCUGUGGGACAGAGUGCUAGCCUAUCAUUUGCCGAGCUCAAAGCUUCAAGAUUUAGGCAAGCUUUUUCCAGAAUUCUAUGUGGAUGGGCCCGACACUUACUGGCAUACACAGGUACAAGAGUCUUUCCUGUACACUCCCUGCUGGUUAGGGGAACUUCCUGAAAAACUAAACUAGUUGGAAGGUAUCCUCCAAGAUUAGAAUGCUUGUGUGGCAACUAUUUGAAGAAUGGAACACUUUUGUAUUUGUGCACAAAGAUUGUUUGUUCCCUGGGAAACUAAAUCUAGACAUGCAUGCAUAUCUCUGGCUUGAUUUGCUUAUUUUCACUGUUGUUUU